AUGGCCAAAAAGGCUAAAAGCAAGUCAAAAGGCCGUACAGAUAAGGGGAAAAAGCUUGAAAGUGCGGAAAACACCAAGAAAAGUAAGUUUUUAAUCAACGAUAUUUUCAAAACCCUGAAAACGACUUCACAUACAAACACCAGUAAAGCAUCAACUAAACCAAGCACUAAAAGUAUCGUUAAGGAGAAAUCAAAGGGUAAAAGGGGGAAAACUGAGGAAUACUGUACGGUUAAUGGCGACUCAGCCCGGAGGAGGACCACUGUCGACAAUCUACCCAUUUAUACCAUGGAAGAGCUAAACAUCGGCAAAGGCGGAGGCACUGAAUUAUGUCCAUUCGACUGCAACUGUUGCUUUUAA